GGUAAACGUAACUUUGUUGUGAAUCAGAAUCUUCUUUAGGUUCGUAAAGUCUAGAUGAAAGAAGGUAGAUUAUCUGGAAGAUGGAACAACACAGUUGAAUUUCUUCGAGUGGCUGGAUUUUCACUGGUCAUGUCUGACAUUGGUCUGUGGUCUUACACAGAUGUUACGCAGAGCUGAUUCAAAUUUUAGCGUUUGCCUUUGUUUAGCCUAAGGAGGUUUCUUGAUAUUCUAGGGCUAAGAAGUUUCUUCUUUAUGCUACUGCCUCAUAAAGUUUGAUCAUAAAGGUUGAUACACUAGUACUAGUUACGGCUGUUCAUGCUCUGCUAUCUGGAUUCUUUGUGGAGUGAGCAUCUAGAUCUACAUAAAGUGGGAGACCACGCAAGACAUUUUCAUUUCAUAUUGAUACAUACAGUUUGGAGGUUGUUAUAGUUGUGCACAACAUGCAUAGUGUAUCCCGAUGGAUAGCUAUACUCUAUUCGUAUUUAUUUUUCUAUGAACACAAAGAAUGCAGGGGUAGUUCAAUUUUUUUGUUGCUGUCCGAGAAGAUUUAGCCUACAGAGAACCGAUACCGAUUCUUGUUCGUUGCAGUGGGACUGCGUUCAACUGGCCUUCAUCACUCAGUGGGAGUAACUCCUUCAGCGCCUCGUUCACGCAUGACCCGCUUCUACUUGCUUCUCAAUACACGGCAAGGGAACUACAAGCGUCCCGAACACACUACACCUUUCUUUCACACGACAGAACCAAGAACUAGACUACCCUUACUACGAAGAAGCCAAUGCUAUAGGUCUACUGCAAAAGAGCAAGUAGUUGCACUAGUGGACAGAAACAAAGAGCCACGACCGUAGCAGUUGCACGAUAACGGAAGCUGUCUUGAUCGAACCUCGUCAUGUCAUCGCCAGGCAACCACUCAGCAGGAGCUGCGUCGCAGCAAGCUGCUGGGCAGCCGCAGGACUCUGAGUCGUCACGAGCGAGCAGUGAUGGAAACCCAGCAACCCCACGCUCUGUAAGUGCUGCGAGCUUGCGAACGGACCUGUGUACUACUGUUGCGCCACAAUCAAUUCGAAGCGCGUCUGUAGCUGACCGAUUAUUGCAGGAACACCUUUUGUCGUCCAGUGACGCUGGCGAGCGUCAAUUCAAUUUAUCCCCAAGCGCUCCUUCGUCGUCCUGCUCUGUAUUGGGGGCAACGUCAUCAACGGCGCCAAGGAAUGGACUAGGUCUUGUAUCUCAUCUUAUGGUGAUAGUUUGA